CGUCCCCUGUCCCCACAGUGUCCCUGUCCCCACACGUCACCAUCCCCAAACAUCACCACACGCACACCGUCCCCAUGCCCACACUGUCCCCACCCUAUCCCUGUGUACCAGGACAACGUCUAUGCCGAGGGCUCGGCCUUCCACUCCUUCAAGAAGGUCCUGUUCGAGAUGGGGCCGCCCUACUCCGAGGUGGUGGAGCUGGCCUCCUUCCACUCCGUCUCCAAGGGCUUCAUGGGCGAGUGA